GUACGUAGAAUUGACCUUGACCCGAGGAGAAAACGUGAUGAGUUUACAAUCGGUUUUUAGUCGGUUUUUACCCAAUUUAAGGGUUAUCCGUCAGAAUGGAAUCAAUGCACAACAGUUACGAUUUAGGAAACGUAGAUGGGCACCUAUUGCUGCCUCAAAGCUGUAUGUUGUGCCUCCUGAUCCACACUUUCCAGAAUGGGAUCAACUUAGAAAGCUAGAAAAGGUUUAUGCAACAGAAAUGCGAUCUAUAAGACAAGCUUUCGUGAAGGAACGUCAACAGAUAAAAUACGCUCAGACAGAAGCAGCAGAAGUUGUCCAAAAGAGAAAAGAUGAAUUUCAAGCUCUGAAGAAGCUUAACAACGAAUGGAACGAUAGAGUUGGAAAGAUAAGACAAGAAAGACAAAUAUUGGAAGACGAGGCUGCUGAAGAGCGUAGGAUACGGGAAUUGAUAGCCUUGGAAGAAGAAGAAAAGCGUAUUCGUAUGGAAAAUGAACGUUUAGUUAGAGAGGAGAUAGAAAAUUCAAAACAGUUUAUUGAUAUGGACGACAUUGAUAACGAAAUUGAAAAGGCAUUAAAUUCAAGGGCCGAUUAUAAUUUUGCCAUAGAUGUAUUUGGUAAUAGAUAUUACAAUUCCUCUCAAACAUCAUCAGAAACUUCCAGUAUUCAGGACACUCAAAAAGGGAGCUAA